CUAGAAUUCUCAACCCGUUUUAUAUUUUUUUUUAUAUUUUUUGAAACUGCGGGCAGAAUCCUUACUUUCGGUCUAUUAAUUCCAUCGUAGACAUCCUUCCUAGAUUCAUACAUAGUGUUUAGCACAGCAAUUCAGAAAAAGAUACGCUACACAUGGAGGACGGUAUAGUCUACCACUUUGAUGAUGUGUCUGAUUUCUACGCAGAGCUAGACGAUGUACUUGGUCAGCAGCUCUGUGACUCUCCCGAGGCUGCUAACGAGAUCACCAAGACAUACCUUGGAUUUCUCAUCAACUUUCAACAUGAAUUCUUGACCACAUCAGCCGAAGUGGCUUAUGCAAUGUACAAAUUCAUUGAUUCACCUGUAUACUCCCGAUACCACCAAAGUAUCGUUCGCCAUCUUCUCACAACUAGAGCGACUAAGGCAUCCAGCCCAGUUGAACUCUCCAUAAUUUAUGCCUUUCUUCUUCAUGCGGGCAGAGAAGAUUUAGGCGUUAUGAAAACCAUUGUACAAACCACAGUUGACGCCAAUGGCACCAACCUGUUUCUGCAGAAAUUAAGAAACGAAAUCGAAUUCUGUAUUGGUGGUACGCGCUUCACCAUCGUAAUACUGAUGCUGAUGUUUGAAAUGUGCAAAGUAGCAAAGCUUAGCAAAGGGGAUCUUGAGCAUAUCUCGCCAGCAUUUAUUCACUACUUGCUGGAUAUUGUGGAGAAUAUGUCGAACGACAGUGAAGAACUACUCAAUUACUCGGCGAUGCGACUUAUACUUGUAUUUAACGAACAAUUCAUGAUGCAGCGAGCUAUGAGUCCAGUGUCCGACGAUGGAAGCGAAUUUCAAAACCAGAUACUGCGAGUACUGAGAUCCAAGAUAGGAAGCAGCAAAACAUUUAGCGAAAACUUGAUAUUUAUGUUGAAUCGUGCCGAUGAUGCUUGUGUCCAGAUGUUGAUCUUAAAGUUACUGUACUUAAUAUUUACCACCGAAGAACUGUUCGAAUUCUUCUAUACCAACGACCUGUGCGUACUUGUCGAUAUAGUAUUAAGAGAACUUUGUGAUUUAGGAGACGAAAAUGAUGCAGAGGCGACAUAUCUUCGUGUGCUCAAUCCCAUGUUGGUCAACACUCAAUUGCGAUACACCCCCUACAAACAUCAGCAGAUUCAUCGCAUCUUGUGUGCUAUGAUAGCGCCUCGAGCAUAUCGCCCUGUGAACUCAACUACUCAGCGACUUGUUCAACGAAUCAUGGAGGACUGGUGGGCUGGGGUUUGCCAGGAACCCGUUGCACCCGUCGUUGGUGUACACCUUGAUAAUAUAAAAAUCGGCCCAGAUAGCGUUGCUAUAGCCAUAGCGUCCGAAAAUUCAUCACCAUCUCCCGUAGUAUCAGCUGCUAUAGCAGCUGAUACGACUACAUCGGCCGAAAACGCUGUGAGUUCCACCGUUGGAAUGGCAGAUCCCCAGCCAAUAAAUAAAGGGGAUACUGACCGAGGCGUCUUAUGCGCAUAAGAACCUCAAUAUGUUACAAUUUAGUUUUGUGUUUUUUCUUCCCCUGUUUUUGCUUUCUGCUUUGCUCUUACUUGUUUUGUUUUGUUUUUUUCGGUUUUGGGGUAGAGGAUGACACAUAUCAUUUCUUCAGUAACGUAAUAAAUAUCAUUGUGAUCUGACUGAUAUCAGCA